AUGGCGGGAUCACAACCCCCCAGCCGGCCAUGCAUGCGCUGCAAGAAGCCAGAUGCCGCAUUUGAACUGCGCAAUGUUGCAACCUGCCAAUUCACCGUUCUCCAACGAGAAACCAGAACUUCUACAAAGCCCGAACCCCGGAGAUAUGUCGCCGGCCUUUCCUUUGGACCCUCAUCAACCGUUCUCACUCAGAUCCUUGACAAGACCGCCCAGUAUCAUGCAUCAAGAAAGGGAUCAUCGCCCUUUGAGCCUCUCAUCGUCCAUAUCGACACAGACCUCUCCGCCCGCAUUGACUCUCAAGAUACCCCUGCACAGAGACUUCUCGCCAAGUACCGCGAGAGAUUCCCCAACGUCUCGUUUGAGUGCGUGCAUCUGAGCAAGGUUCUUAGUGUCAAGACGAUUGACUGGACCACGAUACCCGUUCCUGAAGGCGGAAACGACGCAGAGCGGCUACAGCUCUUCUUUUCCUCGUUGCCGUCUGUGACUUCACGCGCUGACAGUCUCAGGCUGUUUAUCCGCCAUCUUCUCCUGGAUGUUGCUAUACAGAGGUCUUAUUCUGCUUUGCUGUUUGGCCACAGCACCACUGCGCUGGCCGCUCUGACCUUGUCCGAGGUCGCAAACGGCAGAGGCUUUGCCGUACCCUGGCAGAUCAACGACGGACUGUUCACCGUCUGCACUUACCGGCCGAGUGCAGAUCCGGCUAGUAGUACCGGGGAAGCAAGCCAAGAAGAUGCCAAGAUCCAGUUUCCCAUCUACUAUCCCCUGCGAGAGAUUCUCAAAGCCGAAGUCAUGACAUAUCUUGGCACGACACCCGCCGUGCAAGAGCUAAUCCCUUCUGCUGAUGGAGCAUCGUCCAGUGUUGUGUCUCACAAGGACCAGAGCAUCGAGGAGGUCAUGGCUCGGUAUUUCGAUGGCGUGGAGGGGCCUUAUUCGGGCAUUGUGACCAAUGUCGUCCGCACGGCGGGUAAGCUAGACCGGCUUGUUACAGAGCACUAUUGUCGCCUAUGCGGCAUAACCCUGGACCAGGAGGGCGAUUCGACGUGGGCUGGUGAGCUGGGGGAUGACUUGACAGAAGAUGCCGUGAACCCUGAUACGGGGAAGCUGUGUUACGGAUGCAAGCGCUCCAUGGGUGGAUAG